CUUUUCCUUUCACAACACAGGGUUAGAGAAGGGAGUUAGAUCAGAAAAACCAUGGAUAACACUUUCCGGCCUAGUUCUAGUGGCUGGCUGCCAUUCUACGACCGGGCCGCCAUUGAUGGGCAGCCAGUGCUUUCUCAUGGAGUACAGAUCUCGGAUGCUACUGUGGUCACGACCAGCGUCGAAACUGACACCAAUAUCUCGAGUCCAAGCGGCAAUCCAUCGAAACCUAUCCGCAGGAGGUCUAGGGCUUCCAAAAGAACACCAACCACCCUCCUCAAUGCCAAUACAAGCAAUUUUCGAGCCCUGGUGCAGCAAUUCACCGGUUGUCCUAGCACAGCCAUCUCAUUUGGGAACCAAAGAGGACCGGUCAACUUAAACUUUGGGAAAGCGAAUCAAGAAAACCAACGAAUGGUUACUUCAGUAAUGGCACCCUUUGGGACCAAUUAUCAUUAUCAUCAACAGUCGCAGUCUCAGCAGCCAGUACUUGCAGAUGAUCAUCAGUAUCAACGCCACAAUCAACAGCAACAACUGCUGCUACAGGAGCAGCAGAGUAUGUAUUCAUUUGGCAACAAUAUUUCUAGCGAUGUUUUUGUUUCGUCCGCCUCUAGCAACGCCCCUAGGCCCAACGUGGAGACUGCUGACGGGUUUGCCGCAAUGGACGAUAAUGUUUUUUUUCAUGAACUAACAAUGGAUUCUUUCUCCAGUGAUGUUAAGAAUGAGGGUUUCUUUUAGGAAAUAGUAGAUUAUAUAAUUAGUUUGUAGUUUGUUGACUUUCAGAUCAAUAGUCUUCAUCGUCGAUCGAUCAUCAAUCAGCUGUGUAAAUUGUUGUUCUGCGUAAUCCCAUAGGAUUAUAUAUAUAUAUAUAUAUAUAUAUGCUAUAUAUUAUGAAUAUAAUAUAUGCUCUCUAUUUACAUACCUUAAGCAUGGUACUA